CGACGUAAUCAAGAGAAGGGUGACGCGCUUAUUGCCUAUGCAGCUCGGAUACUUAAGUAUCGAUGCAACGGCGCGUUUAGCUAGCAGUCCCGGCAGAUCGCUCGGCGUCCUCGUUAUCGGGCGUCAUUUCAAAGGAGGAGAAGCGUAAAGGAGGAGGGUGGGAAUAAUAGUGAGCGACUAAAGUCAGAAGGCGCUGUGUGUUUCCUUAGUGAAAGAAGCACUUCCUGUGUCUAACACUAUUUUAUUUUUUUAAUUAUUUCCACUCUCAGUAUUUAGAAACGAAAGUAUCUUGCUACGGACAUGGAUGACUUCUCGCUGUCUGAUGCCAUUGAUGAUGAUGCUUCUGGGCAAACAUCAAAAAUGGGCAAAUCGCAGAUGCCAGGCAGCACAAACCGUCAAACGGAAAAUCUUGGCUGGCCUAAAGCUGCCCCCGGAGCCCCGCAUUUUGUCACUCCUGGUGCACCACAGCCUUCAGCUCCAUCUUUUCCAGGGGCUGCGGGUCAGUAUCCUUCUGUACCAACCAGUUCUGGACACUAUCACCCAGGUUCUGGAGUCCCAGGGCAGUAUCCUGGAACACCUUCAAUGGCUGCAGGAUAUCCUGGUUCCCAAAAUUCUCAUGGGCCUGGAGCCCCUGCACAGCUGCCUUUUUAUCAUAAUCCAUACCCAGCUGGAGGUAAUGCCCCUGGGCAGUUUCCAGGAGGAUCUGCUCAACCAUACCUACCUGGAAUUGCUGGAUCAUUCCCUUCGGGCCCUGGAGUUGCUCCGGGGCAUUUUCCCAGCCCCCCGUAUCCCAGUGGGCAGUCAGCAGGAGCGUAUGUACCUGGGCGUCCUGGAUCCUUCCCAGCAGUAACCGAAUCGAGUGCUUUCCCUCACUUCCCGGGUUCGGGCUACCCCCCCAUGCCUGCUGGGACCUGGGGCAUGCCUGGGCCCUUCCCGACCCAGCCUGGGUACUCUGGGUACAACCCAGACCCUAUGGGAAGGUACCCGAAUCCUUCAUUUGGGGGACAGCCUGCUCCUGGAGGAAUGCCGGAAGUGCCAUUUCAUUUGCCUCUACAUGCUGGGUUGAUGCCAGGGGUUAUGAUCACAAUAGUAGGAGAGCCUAUGUUAAAUGCAAAGAGAUUCCACGUUGACUUUGUGAAAGAGGCAGAUGUAGCUUUUCAUUUUAACCCUCGAUUUAAUGAACGGAUCAUUGUCCGUAAUACAAAUGUAGGUGGAGAGUGGGGACCAGAGGAGCGGGAAGGGCUGUUUCCCUUUGACGAGGGAAGACGCUUUGAGCUUAAGAUCUUGGUUGAGGAAGAUAUGUUUAAGGUAGCAGUGGAUGGGUCUCACUUGCUGGAGUAUGAGCACCGGGUUGGAGGGCUUGAGGAAGUAACCCUCUUGCGUAUUGAAGGUGAUGUCAUUCUCCACAGUGUGGCCCCCUGUAUGAUCUAGUUCUCCAUCACCUGAGCCCACCCUCCCCCACAUAUCAGGAUGCAUUAAUUGGAGAGAAUAUCUGCAGCAGCCUAAAUUAAUUGUGUACUAUGUAAUGUGGUCCUCAAAUCCACGUAACUGGAUUAAUAAGAUGAGGUAAUGAAUGUGCUUAUAAAUGAUGAAAAGGUAAGGCAAGUAAACUGCAUUUCUGUUCUACUGCAUUACCAGCAUUUAAGUAUUAUCCUAUUACUUUGCACAUAUUUGUAUGCAUUUUUAAGCAUGCAAUUGAUAAUUGUGUGGUUUAUGUAAUCAUAUCCAACAUAUUUAUUUACAUAUCCUACAAUGCAAAAGCAAUUCACCUCCCUUCACAAAAUAUUUCACAUUAUAUACUUCUCUCAGCGUAACUUAUGUUUUUGCAGGUAAAUAUGAUUUCAGUUCUUAGUUUUGAAAUGUAUCACCUACAGUACAAGGGAUACAAACAAUUUAAAAUGUAUUGAUAAAUCAGGUAUAGCAGAAUAACCUACUGUAGUGUCUUGAUGGAUUUCAAUUGGGGAAAACACGUUUUGCAUUAGGGCAGCAUGUGGUGUCAUUGUAAUAAGUAAUUGAGAGUUUAACUCCCAGGAGAGGCUAUGUUGUGUAGCUUUCUCAGAGGAGCCAGAAUUGAUUUAAGCUGUCCAGUUAAGGCUCUUUAAUGCCACCUAGUGGGUGAAACUGGACAAAUAGCAGUUGCCUCUGCUGCCCGAAUGUGUGAAGCUGGUUCAGCAACAUUUUACACAGAAAUCAGAAUAAAAGCAUUCACAAUAAAUUAAAAACAGUGUUAGUUUUUGAGUGCAAUCAUGUCCAGAUUGAGUGUGAAGGAGUAGAUAUAAGAAUAUAGUAGAAAGCUUAACCAUUCUAUAAUAGGUGCUUUGUUCAGUUCAUUUGCCAAUUGAAUGAAAUUCUAUUUUUCAGUAUAAUAGGGAGUGCAGUAGUAGCAUGUAAAAUAUUGUGAAUAAUUGAGUAUGGAAUUGACAUGAAUGUUAUGUUUUAUGCAGGAUUUGCAAUAGAUGUUUAAACUUGUAUAUUUUAAUCACCAUGUAUUAAAGCAUCUGGGCAUGUUGCUAAACAAGUUUAAACUACAGUUUGAUUAUAAAAUACAGUACAACCAAAUCUAA